AUUUAUCUCCUAUAAAAUUAAUUUGUUGAUUCACUUCACGCACGUGGACAAUUCAGGAAAAGUCAAUAUCAAUCAGAGUUCUGACCGUUUAGAAGUGGAAUUUCAUAGAAAGAUGAAGGUUUUGGCAAGUUUGAUUCUCAUUGCCUUUGCCGUUGAUGCAGCUACACAGUCAACCUGCAGCAACUGUAACUACAAGGGAAAAAACUACCCGUUCCUGUCCAGAUUUGAGGCAGAGGUGGACGCGUGCAUGCGCGAGGUCUGCUAUUGCAAGUGUAACGGCACCGCAGUGUGUCCGCCUGGCCUACGUAUCCGCACGUGCGGAGACUGUACACAGUGCACUCAUCCAAUCACGGGAAUGGGGAUUGACCCGUACUCUACGUUUUUCUUCCACCUCAAUUGCUACCGCCUGUCCUGUCUCUGCAACUGUAACGGAACCUAUGACUGCCCCGGGGCAGUUCUACUGUCAAACUGCAAAUGAAAAGUUCCAUCUGGCAAAAGAGCGAAGCGCUUGAAAUGGAAAGUUUCAGUAAACAGCAACUGCACGUGUACUGCAGGAUUACAUGACGUCUUAGAUGAAAUUAAAAAAAUAUCUACUGCUAUAUUAUAUUGUUGAAUGUAAAGAACUCGGGAUAAACUGUAAACAAUUGCAAUAUAUGAUGGGAAGGUGGAAACAAACCAUUCUGUGACUAACAGCUUAAUUGGAUAAUUACCUCAGUAACAGGCGAUGUCACAAUAUUUGGAAUCAAAGAGAACAGGAGCGGUGAUAAUUCAGAUAAAUUGGUUCAUAAAGUAAUAUUU